AUGGAAGCGGGUUGGCUCUCAGGUGCGGAGGCCCCGCCCCUCUCCCUCGGCUCCUCCCCCUCCUGCUGCUGCUGCUGGGCCUGGAUGCUGGCUGCGGAAUCGGGAGCGAGGAGGAGGAGGAGGAGGGCUGGGCCGCCGCCCGGGGGCCUUGGCUGGGGGCCUGCUGCUGCUGCUGCUGCUGCUGCUGCUGCUGCCAUGGGCUGCUGCUGCUGCUGGCCCUUGUCCUCCGGGGGGGGUCUGCUCCUGGCCUGCCUCCUGCUGCUGCCCGGUCCUUGGCCGUGCUCCUGGGCGGCGCCCCUGGCCCUCUCCCCCGGAGCCUCCUCGGCCCCCAGGAACGGCACCCAGCGCCAAGGCAGCCCCGCCGCCGCCUCCGCCUCCGUCCCGGGGAACGGCAGCCUCUCGGAGCCCCCUCCCCGGGGCCCCCGGGUCUUGGCGGGGCUCCUGCCCGAAGGACUGGCCCUCAAGGCCGCCUGGGCCGCUGCCUCCGCCGCCGCAGCAGCUGCCCUCCUCGCCUGCCUCCUCCGAAGGAGCCUCCGCAGCCGGAAGACGAAGAAACCCCGCAAGUAUGACAUCAUCACGACGCCAGCAGAGCGGGUGGAAAUGGCGCCCUUAAAUGAAGAUGAGGAUGAUGAUGAAGAUUCCACAGUGUUUGACAUCAAAUACAGGUGAGGCACUUGCCCCAGUUGCAAAGAUGAACUGGAAAAUAACUUGUGUCAAUGAAAUUCAAACAUUCCACUCCUCCAAAUAUACAUGAAGUUGACAGAUUUGGCAGCAAGCAGCUGUGCAUCCCAGACUCUCCAGCUGCGUUCCUGGAUCCCGAAUUAGCACUGGAGGAUGCUUCCCUUCUUGACUCUGCUUUUCAGACCAGGGAAUAUUGCUUUGGAUCCAUAAUUAGGUUUGCAAGCCAACCUCAACCCCUAGGAAUAGGAGCACAAGCUUUUGUUUGAAGACUCUGAGACACUCAGUGAAUUCUCUGCUGGAAAUGUUAAAUGGGGGUUGGAUAUUUUUUUUCCUGCUGCACUAAGAAAAGUUUCUGGGAUUGCAUGGUUCUGGCCAGCAAAAGCAAUUGCUCCUCAUAUGAAUGUUUGGGACUGGUGUAUGAACUGUGGUGAAAUGGUGGGGCUCUCCGACUGGCGUUGGUGAGAAUUUUCUGUUGGUUUGGUUUUUGUGAGACAUAGGCAACUGACAGUGAUAACAAUUGCACUAUAAUAAUCUAUUUUGCAAUAAGUCUCCCUGGUUUCUUUCCAGAGAGAGGGAGAGAUCUUUCCAAAGCCUUCCUGUAGGAUCAACUCUAGACAGCCAAUUUAUGAUGAAAGGAAAUACGUUUUUGCAACUUCUUACUCCUAAUUUCUAUGUGUCUUUGCAACUCCCUGCUCCUCUUUUCCUAUUCUGUAUCAAACUGGACCUUACAGUAAGGCAAAGCAGCCAAAGUGUGGCACUCUAGAUGAUGAUGGACUGGAACUCCCAUCAGCCCUAGCCAUCACAGAUGAGAGUGAGGGAUGCUGGGAGUUGUGGUUCAGCCAUAUCUGGAGGUCAUGGGUUGCACAUCUCUGUGUUAAGAGCUUCAGUGCAUGUAUGAAUGAAUGGGUUCAGUUUGUUGCAACCUCCCUGUUCUCAGAUAUUGUAUUUUAGGACAAUCAGCAGUGAUGCUAUUUAGCUGUGAGACGAAAAUGUUGCUUUAUCACCAUUGUGUGCUCCUGUUCAAAGAACCUUGUUCUCAACCAAAAUCGAGCCAAAAAGCACAGAAACCUCUCAUUUUGGUCAAUUUGUUUGGUGAGUUGGUCACUUUUCUCCCUAUUUCUGGAGAAGAAGUGAUGAGAGUGUUGGUGUUAAUCCUUUUGUUAAUGUGAAGUGAUUUCUUGCCCUGUUGAAUUCUAGCAGAUGGGCGUCUUGCCUUCUGGCAAUGCAUUUAAAAGUUGUCAGGGUGGCUUAUAUCUCUCUGUAUUCUUGCUUUUGUUACACGAUGGUGAAAAGUUUAUCACUGUAAAGGUUCUCCACUGAAACCGUGUUGAUUUACUAAUGUGAAUAUUGUUCCCUCCUCCAUACUCCUUGCAAUCCUUAACCUCUCCAAAGAUCCAAACCACAAGAAUACAGUCACUGAAAAGUAAAACAAUGAAAGCCAAUUUUUAAAACACACACCUACACAAUAGGCUAAAAUCACAACACAGGCUAAAGAUCUGGGUACGUAAAGAUGUUACAAUUUCCCCAAAGGCUAGGAAAACUGGCCUUCCCAGGAAAGGAACUAUUGCAAGUGGGGUGCCACUGUGAAAAAGGACCUCAUCUGUGUCCAAUGUAUUUAUGGAAACCGUGGGACAUAAAGCCAAACAUUUGACAAAGAAUGCAGUGCCUUGGCAUUCUCAUCUGAGAGACUUCCCAUCCCUAACCUUGAGAUGACCAUAGUAUAUUUGGACUGUAACUCCUUUUAUCACAAUGAUCAGUUAUGAAUAAUGUGUGUUGUAGGCCAACAACAGCUAGAGAUCCCAAGGCAUGAAAGAUCCCUUUUAAACAUGAGUGCCCAGAUAACACUAUGGUGCCUCUCGUUCUUCAAGUACAGAAUUAGCAUCUCUUAUGCCAGCGGCGAAUACUUUAUUUCAGUGAAAAAGUGAAGAUGAGGUGACCUCAAAUGCUACAUCAAUGUUCACUGAUAAGGAUAACAGGAUUCUCAUGAAAAAUGCAAACACUUGAGGCUGCACAUGAUCUGCAUCUUUCUCUUGACAGUAACUGUCUUGAGAGCCUGAAUUUGCCUUAAACCGUCUAGGUUUCCCUUCUCAUUACCCCUCUAACCUUUUGCAGUUUAGCUCUUUGUUCCCAGAGGUUUUCAGCUGGAUUUUCUCUCUCUUGCUGCAUCAUGUUUUUCUCAGAAACAAAUAAAGGUGUUGAACUUUG